AUGGACACAGCCAGUGUAACAGACUUCAUCCACGAUGAUUUCGACUUCAUCAUCAUCGGCGGAGGCACCGCGGGCCUUGUCCUCGCUGCCCGUCUAUCAGAAGACCCCAAUGUUCGCGUUGGAGUCAUCGAAGCCGGGGUCUCACGACUAGGUGAUACGAAGGUAGACACACCUACCGGGAUGGCCAUGACCCUGAAAGAUCCAGGAUAUGACUGGUGUUUUCAGACUUCUCCACAGAGCGGCGUAAACAACAAAACCUACGCCACCCACCGCGGCAAAAUGCUCGGCGGCUCGAGCGGCUUAAACUUCAUGAUGUCAGGCCGACCAACGGAAGAAGAAAUAACCGACUGGGGCAAGACCACAGGAGUUAAAGGGUGGGAGUGGUCUGAUCUACUUCCGUACUUCAAAAAGCAUGAGAAGUUGGAGGUGGAUCAGCCGAACAUCACGCCUCGGGACACGGAUAUAUGUCCGUUGGAUCCUAAUCUACAUGGGACUGAGGGACCGAUUCACAAUUCAUUUGGCACCUGGCAUGCGCCGUUUGAGAAAGAUCUCAUACCUGCUCUUGAUACCGUCUCUGGAUUGCCACGACCAAAGAAUCCGUAUGCUGGGAAUCACCUGGGUUUCUACCGCACGCUGUUCACCAUCGAUCGCACCGGCAAGCCAGUACGCAGCUACGCCGCGAGCGGAUACCUAGCCCCGAGUUGCAAUCGUUCGAAUCUACGUGUCUUGACAGACGCGCUCGCAUGCAAAAUCACUCUCGGGACGAACGAGCACAGCGAGCGCCAGGCAACAGGAGUGCAAUUCCUCCACCAUGGGACGUCGUACACCAUCCAUCCACGCAAGGAAGUCAUCCUCAGCGCCGGCGCUGUGCAGAGCUCACAGCUCCUAGAACUAUCCGGGAUAGGCGACCCGAACGUCCUCGGCCGAAUCGGCAUCCCGUGCAUCGUUCCUAACAUGGACGUGGGGAACAAUCUCCAAGAGCAGGCUCUGUGCUCGGUAGUGUAUGAACUCGCGCCGGGGUAUACAUCCGUCGACUCGCUACUACGGGAUCAUGCUAUUUUCGAAGAACACCAGAGACUCUACGAGGAGGAACACACCGGCGCAUUGUCCGGAUCACUCAGCAUAACGGGCUAUACGCCCUACGCGACACAAGUCGAGCAGCAGGACCUCGAAAAGACAGUGUCGUGUUUCCUGGACCCCAAAAAUGCAUCAACCAAACAGGACACCGUUCUUCAGAACAAACAGCGUAAGAUCAUCGCAGCACGUAUCCAGGACCCUACCUGUCCCUGUAUCCAGUACAUGUGCGCGCCUGAGAACUUCGAUACCGCGCGCGCGGUCGAUAACCUUGGGGCAGUCAUGUCCGGUCCGCCGUCUGGGUUUAAUGAUUGUUACUCUAUCACAAUGAGCCAGAUGCAUCCUGUUUCUCGCGGGCGGGUGCACGUGGUUCCCGGGCUGUUGGCUCAUCCGGCUGAUGUGGAUGUGCUUGCUGCGGGGGUGGGGUUUGCGGAUAGGGUGUUUCGGUCGGAGUUGGUUAGGGAUAAGGUUGCGAGGAGGGUGAGGCCGGAUCCUGGGGUGGAUGUUGGUGUUAGGGAGCAGGUGAAGGAGUUUGUCAGGGAGAGUGCGGUUCCGUUUCAGCAUUUGCUUGGGACUUGUGCGUUGGGGAUGGUGGUGGAUGAGAGGUUGAGGGUGAAGAGGGUUAAGGGGUUGAGGGUCGUUGAUGCGAGUAUUGUGCCUAUGAUGGUGAGUCCGUCGUUGGCGGCGGUGGUGUAUGCUGUUUCUGAGAGGGCGGCGGAUUUGGUGAAGGAGGAUUAUGGGUUGAAGUAA